CCAUAACCCGUCUGGCAUCUGAUUGCUACAGAUGACAACUCAGUGGCAAGGUUCAGUCGCGCCACCAUGGGGGCUCUACAGUUAGAACACGGUGACCGUAUCCUCCGAGCCUCGUGAUGAGGAACGAAUAUCGUGACACCGUUCUCAUUUGUUUGAAGUCUGAUGACAUUAAGAAAGGUCACGUUCAGAUGAACAAGGUUGCCUGGAAUAACUUGCAGUCACACUUGGUGGUCAGUGUCCUAGUCGAUCAUUGUUCUGAUAUAAUAUUUUCCAACCGGAUACACAUCUACCCUACUUCCCCGAAGCAUACCGGCCGGUCCGCAAGGGCAACACAUCCCUGGUUCAUGGCAGCAUUCGGGCAGUGGAGUUCGAGUCAUUAGGACUGAUCACGAAUAUGGUAUAGUAUCGGGUGAAAUUGUCGUCAUGAA